UCAUUUUGGAAAUGGAACCAAAUGGUACGACCAACUAUGGUUUUCAUAGUGAAAGUCCCACUUUUCAGAAUCAACCACCAAAUUCAGGUGAUUUCCAUAGUGCAUGGAUGCCAGCACCUGCAGAACUACCCAACUGUCCUCCAGGAGUAGAAUAUCUUAGUCAGAUAGAUCAACUUAUCAUUCACCAACAGACAGAACUGUUGGAAGUCUUAACAGGGUAUGAAAGAAGCAAUAAAUAUGAAAUAAAAAACAGCAUGGGUCAGAAGGUAUACUUUGCAGCAGAAGAAACCAGUUGCUGCAAUCGAUUUUUUUGUGGAAGUGCCCGCUCCUUUGCUAUAGUGAUUACUGACAACAGGGGCCAAGAAGUAAUCCGAUUAUUAAGACCACUUAGAUGUUCCUGCUGUUUUGCUCCUUGCUGUCUGCAAAAUCUUGAGGUUCAGGCUCCCCCAGGAAUACCAAUUGGUUAUGUUGUCCAGAAUUGGCAUCCUUUGUUACCGAAGUUUACAAUACAAAACGAGAGACAUGAAAAUGUGUUGAGGAUCAUUGGACCCUGUCUUGUCUGUUGCUGCUGCUCAGAUAUAAAUUUUAUGGUAAAGUCAGCCGAUGAGAUGUAUGAAGUUGGUAGAAUUUCCAAACAGUGGUCAGGCCUAGUGAAUGAGAUGUGUACAGACGCUGACAUCUUUGGGGUUCAGUUUCCAUUAAACCUUGAUGUAAAGAUCAAAGCAGUAAUGCUUGGUGCAUGUUUCCUAAUUGACUUCAUGUUCUUUGAAUAUUCUGAACAAAAGUGAAAAAGGGUACCAGCAACUGUAUUGUGUUUUUUUUAUAGAAAGAAAAAUAAAUACAUUCAUGGUAAAUUGCUAUCUUGAUAUCUGAAGCGUUGAGUCAUACGGU